CGCCGUCCCGCCGGCCGCUCCUCGGAGCCCCGUGUGACACCGCCGGAGCUCCUGGAUGAGCAGGGACCCCCGCAGGGGUGGCACGGCCCUCCCAGCCCUCCCGACGGCCGCCGAGCCCCAGGCUGGAUCAUGCAGUGCAUCUGCAGGCAGCCCAAGCGCACCGCGUCCCAGGAGAACAUCCUGCUGGAGCAGAGCCGCAGAGUGGCCGCGCUGAACGGCAUCAGGCUGGGCCUCAAAGAUGACAAGGACCUGAAGUUCCUCCUGAAAGGCAGCCAGCUGCUAAAAGUGAAGUCAAGCUCCUGGAGAAAGGAGCGGUUCUAUAAGCUCCAGGAGGACUGCAAAACCAUCUGGCAGGAGUCAAAGAAGGUGCUGAGAUCCCCAGAGUCACAGAUCUUCUCCAUUGAAGAUAUCCGGGAUGUGAGGUCAGGCCAUAAAACAGAAGGGAUGGAAAAAUACGCCAAGGAUGUCCCAGAGUAUCGCUGCUUUUCCAUCAUCUUCAAAGACCAGAGGAAAAACCUGGACCUCAUUGCGAGCUCAGAGGAUGAUGCCAACCACUGGAUUGCUGGCCUUGGGAAAAUCAUAGCCCACAGCAACUCCAUGAACCAGAAACAGAAACUCCAACACUGGAUUCACACCUGCCUGCGCAAAGCUGACAAAAACAAAGACAACAAGAUGAGCCUGAAGGAGCUCAAGGACUUCCUGAAAGAAGUGAACAUUGAAGUGGAUGACUACCAUGCCAAGAAGAUUUUCCAGCACUGUGACAAGUCCAAAACAGAGGCUCUGGAGGAUGAUGAGAUAGAGGAAUUUUACAAGAUACUGACAGAGAGGAAGGAAAUAGACAGCAUCUUCCAAAUGUACUCGGACCCAGAGGGGUUCAUGUCCUGCCAGAACCUGGUGAGGUUUCUCUAUGAGGUGCAGCAGGAAGAAGAUGCUGUUGUUGCUGCCCCUGCCUUAAUUCAGAGAUAUGAGCCCAACGAAAGAGCCAAGAGGGGCAAUGCCAUGACCAAGGAUGGCUUCCUGAUGUACCUGCUGUCAGAUGAGGGGAACAUCUUCAACCCCUCCCACAGGAAAGUUUACCAGGACAUGACCCAACCUCUCAGCCACUACCUGGUGUCAUCCUCACACAACACCUAUCUCAUGGAAGACCAGAUCACAGGGCCAAGCAGCACUGAGGCCUAUAUCAGAGCCCUGACCAAAGGCUGUCGCUGUGUGGAGCUGGAUUGCUGGGACGGCCCCAACUCGGAGCCCGUCAUUUAUCACGGCUACACCCUCACCUCUAAGAUCCUCUUCAGUGAUGUCAUUAAGGCCAUCAAGAACUAUGCAUUCCAAACCUCCCCGUACCCUGUCAUCAUCUCCCUGGAGAACCACUGCAGCGUGGAGCAGCAGAAGGUCAUGGCCCAGCACAUGACCACCAUCCUGCAGGACAUGCUCUUGGUCGCCCCAGUCGAUGGAAACAAAUCCCAGUUCCCCUCCCCAGAGCAAUUGAAAGGGAAGAUCCUGGUGAAAGGCAAGAAGCUGAGCAGGCAGGAGGACCCCACCAAUGGGAACAACAACCUGGAGGCUGAGGAUGUCUCUGAUGAAGAUGAAGCAGCUGAAAUUGAAGAUGAGUCUGUGAAGACCAAGGUAGAGCAGAAGGGAAAGAGUGACACCUUGAAGCUGGCCAAGGAGCUGUCAGACACAGUUGUCUACUGCAAGAGUGUCCACUUUGAGGGCUUUGAUGACCCCAACCAUCCUCGGGCUUUCUACGAGAUGUCGUCGUUCUCGGAGAGCAAAGCUCUGAAACUGGCCCAGGAGUCUGGAACCAGUUUUAUCCAUCACAACAUCAGGCACCUGAGCCGUAUCUACCCCGCAGGCUGGAGGACGGAUUCUUCCAACUACAGCCCCGUGGACCUGUGGAAUGUUGGCUGCCAGAUUGUUGCCCUGAAUUUCCAGACAGCAGGCACAGAAAUGGAUGUGUACCAGGGCCGCUUCCAGGACAAUGGGUUUUCUGGCUAUGUCCUAAAGCCAGAAUUCCUCCGGGAUGAACAAACCAAAUUCAAUCCAAAAUCCAUCACAGAAGGAACAUGGGGGACAAAGAAGAAGCUGCUGCUUAGAAUAAUCUCUGGCCAGCAGCUGCCAAAGGUGAACAAAAGCAAGAACUCCAUUGUGGAUCCCAAGGUGACGAUAGAGAUCCACGGGGUCCAGCAAGACAACAACAAGAAGCAGACCAAAGUCAUCGAGAACAACGGCUUUAACCCAAACUGGAAUGAAGAGUUUACAUUUGACAUAGAGAUCCCUGCACUCACCCUGGUCCGGUUUGUGGUGGAGGACUUUGACAUGUCGACCAAGAAUGACUUCAUUGGGCAGUACACCCUUCCCUUCACGAGUCUGAAGCAAGGUUAUCGCCACAUCCAUCUCCUGACCAAGAACGGAGACCCCUACUCCUCCUCCACCCUCUUUGUCUUCGUCAACAUCCAGGACUGUGAGUAGCAGCCUGGCUCCCCCAGGCCACAGAGAGCCUCCCUACAGACCUGGAAGGAAUUCAGCGUGUGAGAGCCCUGCCAGUGCCAGGGUCAGUCCCCAGCACCUGCCCUGGAGCAGCACUCGGUGCUCCAUAGGAUCCCUGGUGUGAGACAGCCAUCAACCUUCUCCCUGCUGCUGGAAACAUCCUGAUGCUGCUGAUGAGAUUAAUCCUUUUGUACCUGUUCAACCGACCCAGCUGUGGUUUUAGUUCACUUUAUUUCCAU